UUCGUGGCAGGCGCAUUUCUUAUUCUCAUCUCAGGACCCUGUACUUCUCCCCAACAACACGCUGAACGCUCUGCGACUGAGGUGCUUGCAGCGUCUCACUUGCACGACCGGCCUUCAAGGCCUCACAACCUCACUCGUUUUCCGUCUCAGCAAAGUGUCGCGCACACAUCGCAGUCAUGGGGCUCUCCAAGUCGACGCGCAUUAUGAUCCUUCUAGGGAUCGACUCAGCCUUUUUCCUGCUGGAGCUGAUUGUCGGAUACUCGGUGCACUCUCUGGCUCUCGUUGCUGACUCGUUCCACAUGCUCAACGAUGUCAUCUCUCUCCUCGUCGGGCUGUGGGCAGUCAAGGUCGCAAACCAGAAGACAAACUCGAAGACGUACACAUACGGGUGGCAGCGCGCAGAGACACUCGGUGCCCUUGUCAACGGCGUGUUCCUCGUCGCGCUCUGCCUCUCCAUCUUCCUCGAAGCAAUCCAGCGAUUCGUCGAGCCGCAAGAAGUUUCAAACCCCAAGCUGGUCCUUAUCGUCGGUUGCUUCGGUCUAGCGUCGAACAUUCUUGGGCUCGUCCUGUUCCACGACGUCGGACACAGCCAUGGCGGACAUUCACAUGGCCACGAUGAGCAUUCGACCGCCGAGGAGGGACAUGCACACGGGACCGACGUGCACGACCACGCUAUUACGGAUGAGACAUCUGCGUCGACUCAAUCUGCACGUCGCAAGUCUGUAUCUGGAAAGCGUGGCAAACGUCACGCACACUCGCGUUCGCAAGGCUACUCCACGCUGGACGAGAUCUAUGUGCACCCUUCGUCUUUUAGGAAUAGCAUAAUCGAGUCAUCGCGCCAGAAUGACGAGGACGAGGCGGACGACGAACAUGACACUAAUGCGUCUGACGUUGAAGAGCCUUCAGAGCAGUCUCCACUACUGUCUGUACCUAAGGGCAAAAACUCGCACGAGCAUCAUCACGAAGCAUCUAAGAGCAAGGACAAUAAGCACACAGGCCACAAACACAAUCAACCCAAGGAUCAGAAAUCUGGCGGCCAUGGACACUCACAUGGCGAUCUGAACAUGCGCGGCGUCUUCCUCCACGUUCUGGGCGACGCGUUGGGCAACGUAGGCGUCAUUGCGACUGCGCUGUUUAUCUGGCUUACAGACUACUCCUGGAGGUUUUAUGCGGAUCCUUUGGUCUCCCUCAUCAUCACCGUUAUCAUCCUCCUCUCCGCCAUUCCUCUCUGCAAGGCCGCAUCGCGCAUUCUGCUUCAAGCAGUCCCAGAAAACCUCUCUAUCGACGAUAUCACGGCCGAUAUCACCGAUCUCGAUGGUAUUAUCUCCUGCCACCACCUGCACGUUUGGCAGCUUUCGGACACUAAACUCAUCGCCUCGCUUCACGUCCAGGUCGACUUUGACUUCAAGGGUGAAGGUUCGGCGCGCUACAUGGAUCUUGCCCGCCAGAUUCGCGAGUGCCUUCACGAGUAUGGUAUCCACUCUUCUACUAUCCAGCCUGAAUUUUGCCUCGACGCGACACACGAUCAUUCAGCUGCUGGGUCGGAUUUGAGUGGCGAUGAGGUCGCGCAUCCGGAUGGCCACGGAAGUAAGGUGCCUAGCGUGAAGGGCGAGCCUGAUGCGUGUCUGUUGGAGUGUCCGGAUAGCUGUGGGAGCGCAACGCAGUGCUGCGACCCCGUUGUCAAAGGUGCUAACGGCUCGUCUUCUUAGCUGUUCUCUUGACUAUCCUGUUGCUUGAUAUCGGUUCUUUUCUUCGACCUUUAUUGUACCAUAUUAAGUUUUUCAUUGCUUUGCUCGGGUAUCCCAAUCGCGCGUAUUAGCGUGCGCAUCUCUUAUGUUUGUAGGCUUUUUGUGGAAUGGAGGCUGGGCAGUCUCUUGUUGAGCAUGAACAAUUGUUGAGUUUAAUAGAUCACGUCUCAUGUAUAGACAUGGGGUAUUCGAUAUCAAAAGCAGAUCCAGAACGGCGGGAACGAUUGACAUACCCACAUACCUAUCUAGUUUCUCACUCGUAUUCGCUGCAAGCAACUUGUUCAGGCGUACCCUGUUUCU